UAACCUUUCGAUCCAAAAUGGCUUCCCGCAAAACGCAGAAAUUCCAACGCUGUCUUGUUAUUGGAGGCUGUGGUUUCUUGGGCCGACACCUUUGUGAAGGUUUGCUGGAUAAAGGCUAUGAUGUUUCUAUCUUUGAUAUUCGGAAAACCUUUGAAAAUGACAAAGUCAAAUUUUGUGUGGGAAGUUUGUGCAACAAGCAGGACCUGCUUCCUGCCAUGGAAGGAGUAGAUUGUGUAUUCCACUGUGCAACAGCAUCACCCUUGAGCAAUAACAAGGAGCUUUUCUACAAGGUCAACUACGAAGGCACCAAGACUGUCAUUGCUGCUUGCAAGGAGGCUGGAGUAAAGAAGCUUGUUGUGACCAGCAGUGCAAGUGUAGUGUAUGAGGGAAAAGAUAUUCAGAAUGGUACCGAAGAUUUACCAUAUGCAGGGAAACCAAUGGAUUAUUACACAGAAACAAAGAUUUUGCAGGAAAAGGAAGUACUGAAGUCCAACUCUGAAGAUUUUUUCACAGUUGCCAUUCGGCCUCAUGGAAUAUUUGGACCAGGCGACCCUCACCUUGUACCAACAACUGUGGAGCUGGCUAAGGCGGGCAAAACCAAGUUUAUUAUAGGUGAUGGCAAGAACUUGGUUGAUUUCACAUUUGUUAAGAAUGUUGUCCAAGGUCAUAUUCUGGCAGCAGAGCAUCUUGGCCCAGAUUCAUCAAUUAAUGGAAAGGCUUAUUUCUUGACAAAUGACGAACCACUGUUUUUCUGGACUUUCAUGACAAAGAUUAUUGUCGGACUCGGCUACGAUGCCCCGAAGUACAACAUACCAUAUGGUGUACUCUAUGUCCUUGCUCUCAUCAUUCAGAUAUUUUGUUUCUUGCUGAAACCGUUAAAGGACAUCCAGCCGACCUUAACACCAAUGAAAGUAGCACUGGCAGGAACGCAUCACUUUUAUUGCUGUGAGAGAGCCAAAGCUGAACUUGGUUACAAACCAGCUGUGUCAGUUGAAGAUGGAAUUUAUAUAACUCUAGAGCAUUUUUCUUAUUUAAAAAGUGGGGCCAAGACGAAAAAAUGAUAUCGUGAUACAUUUAAAAAUUCAGAAUAUGAAAAACUCAUAUUGAAUAAUAAUCAUUUUUAAAAUCAUUUUCUUCAAAAUAUUAGAAUCCCAAAUUUAAUGUUUGAAGAUGCUUGACUUCACCCUACAUAUUAGUUGAUUUUUAUUUAUUUGGGGGGUUGAGGGAGUUGGGUCCGAAAAUAUUUAGUAAUUAGUAAUUUUGUGAAAGGAGACUAACAUAUCCAGUCUGGAAUAUUGAUACUAAAAAUAACCAAAUUGGAGUUAGGAAUAAAAAGGAGCAAUGUUGGUAGGGUGAAGUUGACAGACAAAGCCGUAUUGUUUUAACAUUGACUUUAUUGUUGACUUUUUUUUAUGUGCCUAAAGUAUAAGAUUGCAAUCUGAUUGAUGCAUUUGCAAAAACAUGCAAAUAUUUAUGAAGUCCUAUGAUACUAUUUAUUUAGUGCACCGGUACAAUGUGAUGUAUUUUAAAUAUCAAGUCAUUAAUUUUGUCUCAUGUUUAAACUUCGCUAGAAGCAUUGCAUAUAAAAAAUGUACCGGUAUUCAAUUACAUGAGUCCAGUAAGAUAAAUUAAGUUUAAUUCAGCUUGAUCUAGUGUUGGGAAUCAGUUUUAAUUUCAACAUCAAACAUCAGUUAUAAUUGAUUUGCACCAACCAAUCAUCUUUUGAUUUUUCAAUUGGUUAGAAUUAUGUGAACUUGAUAAGGAUUUGAAUUAUUAGGACCAUGCAGCUGUUGUCGUGUUCACAGAAAUAGACCCAGCGUUUCACUAAUUUUACCUUUAAUAUCUAUUCAGUAUCUAUUUUCUUGGUGUAUAUGUGAAAACAAACUCAAACCCCAGGACAUCCACAAACAUUCUGUGAUCUAAACUCUAUGAACAGAUACACUUAAUAAUUUUAGUGAUAAUCAAUAGUGGACUUUUAUAAUCGAUUAUCACAACUGUAGAGUUCAACCAAUCAAUUAUCCAUUAUAAUGGAUCACUGGAACAUCACUAGCUUCAUAUGUGAAACGUUAAAUCUUAGUUACUAAAUUGUUGCUUUAAUAAUUAAAUAUGUGUGUGUGUGUGUGUAUAUAUGUAUGUGUGUGUGUGUGUGUGUGUGUGUAUAUAUAUAUAUAUAUAUAUAUAUAUAUAUAUAUAUAUACACACAAACACACACGUUGUACACACACACACACACACCGAUAUAUAUAUAUAUAUGAAGAGUUUCAUAGCAAAACGUGAUAAACACCACUAUAGACACCCAAUCCUAAAAACAUUUUAUUCCAAACCACCAUAAACACUAUGCCAGUUUGUCUGCAAUCUGUGAUAUAUUCUCAGACAAUCGUAUUGCGUUUUGCUGAAAACUGAAUUUGAACUUGUGUUUGUCUAUGUGUGAACAGUGUCCGAGUGGUGUUUGCACAAUGGUUUUUAAUAUGGCGUUUAUCGUCUUUUGCGAUGAAACUUCAUCUAUACCAUUAUUAUCUAAAUGUAUUUUUACUAUAUUUGACAUUUUGUAUUUGUUAAUACACAUGUAUAUAAAAUAAAUUAUUUGAAUUUUGAA